AUGACUUCGGUAGGCGAGGCUGAGCUGCCUACUGCCUCGGACAGCGAUGUGAGGGAUGAGUCUGCCGAAGAUGUCGAAGUCGAUGUCCCUCAGAACAAUGCACAUCUUAAAAUCCUCGUGCCUUCGGUGGCUGCAGGAGCGAUUAUUGGUAAAAAUGGAGAAGCUAUCACUAAUAUACAAAAUUGCACUGGUGCUAAAGUCAAGAUGUCCAAAGCUAACGAUUUUUAUCCAGGAACAAAUGAACGAGUUUGCUUAAUUAUUGGAACCACGGCCGCUAUUACUGAAGUCUAUGAUUACAUUUCUGAAAAAAUAUAUGAGAAACCUGAAACGGCUUCUCGUAUGGUCGCAGAUGGCCGAGUUCCCUAUGAACGUCACAAGCAAGUAAAAAUAUUAGUGCCCAAUAGCACUGCUGGAAUGAUCAUUGGUAAAGGUGGAAGUUUUAUAAAAGAAAUCAAGAGCAAGACUGGUGCUUUCAUUCAAGUUUCUCAGAAAUCAAGAGAAAUGAGCCUUGCUGAACGGUGCAUUACUGUUGGAGGUGAGUUGAAUCAAACUCGCGAAACGAUGCGGCUUCUACUCACGAAGAUUGCUGAAGACCCUUUGUCAUCGAGUUGUCCCAAUAUUUCCUACAUAGACGUCACUGGUCCUGUGGCCAGCGCCUACCCCACAGGUUCCCCUUACGCCCUCUUUAGCGCGCCUCCCACUGGUCCACCUCACCACCACCCUUCCACCACUUCGGGUCUGUCCUCUUGCUCUCCCCCAGGCAGGUGUUUUAUGCAUCCACUCCAGCAGCAGCAUCAUCAUCACAGUGGAGGCGGCGCUGCUAGUUGUGGUGGUCCCUUAUCCUCCCCCACGGCAGUUAAUGGGAGAGUGGAGGCAAGUGCUGCUGUCAGCCGUCGUGUGCUAAAUGGGCGUGGAACAGCACCCCAGAGCCUUCUCGGUGCAGCCUCGCUGCCUCAUGGCGGAGGCGCGGGUGGAGCCAGUCUUUGGUCGUCACCUACGUCUCCGCCCUUCCCCAUCAGCCUAGACGCUGUGCGAGGCCUUCUUCAUUCGACUGGCUUCACCGAGGAAGCGAUGGAGGAAAUCACUCGCGCCAUGCGUGUGCUAAAUGCUUAUGGGCUUCUCUCGCUAACAAGCUUGGCAUCUUGGGUUAGGUUCGGGGGUGGUGGCUGUGGGGGAAAUGGAUCGAGGCCUGGAGUGUCACCACAGCUAACAACAGUCUCACCUCCAACGCAGCCAUUUCAAGAAGCAACCGCCUCUUCAUCCCCAUUUGGAUCUCCCGCCUUUCAAUCCGCGCCUCCACCAGCCUCACAGCAACAGCCAAAGCAGCAACAGCAGCCUUCUUCGCCGGUCGAUACCUACUACCGGCCUCAGGAUAAUGGAAAUUAUAUCGAGUCACUACCUGAGCAAAUGGAUUUGUCCGGCGAGCCACUCCAAAUGGUCAACCGAGCUCAGAGGAGCGCAAAAAACCAUCGACUCCACAGACGAGUUCACAACGCGAACGACCAGCACAUCAUACCUUGCCGCGUUUUCGCCACCAAUCGAUGUGCUGGCAUUGCUGCUGGUGCUGCCAUACCCAAAGUACGGUGCACGCCCGUGUGA